AUGAGUGGAGAUUUAGCCGCCAAUGUCCAAGAGAAUGAUUUUACUCAGAAUUUAGAAGGAAUUCAAAAUAUUGGUCGACAGACCAUAGAGGAAGCACAACAGAUGUACGCCUAUUUUAAACAGAACGAUCCUCACUGAAAUGAAACCAAAGCCAAUAAUGUCAAAAAGUGUGCCAUACUUGUGGCUUCGAAAUCCGUGGUCCUUCAUACAGUUGAAGGCGAAGAAAUCAAAGGAGAUAUGCUCAGUCUAUCUCAAAUAAUCAAAAUUUCCUCCGAUUCUGAUAUGAACUCUAUGAUUCACCAGCUAAAAGAGUUCAUUUCAAUUGUAAAGAUCCCCGAACCUUUAUCGCAUGAUAUUCAUAGGACGAUACAGAGCUUUGCGAUGUCUCUAUUAAUCUAUAAAAAAUUCCAGGAAAUAUGAAAAACAAUUAAUUUUCAAGGUGAUGUGGAUUAUAUCCACCAAAUUUUCCAUACAGCGUGGCUCCUACUUAUUACAGCAAGAGCUUAUUUGCUAACUCUCAUUCAUCUUUAAAACUCAGAUAAAUAAAUUAUAAUAAGAAAAAAAAAAUGAUAUUAAAUCAGAUAAAUUAUGGAGUAGGCAGAAAUGGAGAUAUUUUUCAUUGUGGAUGCUUGAUAAUUGGCGUUUUGCAUUUAGUUCUUACUAAUUUGCCAAAUUCUGUCUCAGUUAAUAUGAAUGCAUCAGCUCUCCCUUAUCUGUGCUCGCUUCUUCAAGCCCAAGCAGAUCAAGCUUUGCCUUGGAUUGAGAAGCUUUCUCACUUCAUUGUCCAAAUGAGAGAUCAGGGCUUCAUUAAAUACAAAGGUAAUCACCAAACCGCCAGAAUUUUCGCUGAGAACGUGAUAAAUUUCAAUAUUACCAGUUUAGGAGCUUAUUAUCAAAAAUCAAUGAAUUUGGAUGAUUUUGAUGAGAGAGAUUUAUCUGGCCCAACCAUAUACAUAAAAAUGGUGACGACAGACCACCCGACCUCUCGACCCUAUUUCUUCAACAGCAGCAGGCAACGGCCCAGUGUUGGAGAUUUAGGUGGAAAGAGGCCGGUAAUCCUUUAUGUAUGUUCGGGCUGGGUUUUCUUCGAGCCCGAGGAGCUAAUUCUCGGACUUGGAGUUUUUUCCUCCAGGACAACCAUUGGAAAGGGCAAGGUCGGCCAAUGUUUGAGGGCAAUAUGACCCUCAGACCCUGAAGACGGUAUUUGCCCAACGAGAAACUGGGAGUUUCGACCCAGGUGGUUGGCCCUUAGACUCCAGAAGCCAUGGAAGUCAAGACUGGUCGCGCGAAUCCCUUGUUUGAGACAACAAGGAGGGUGUCCGCCGAGGCUCCUCAGGGGCGAUGAGCGUGUAGGGGUGCGAAUCCCCGGCCCUGCAAGGCAAACGGCACAAUCUAAUCUAAUCUAAUCUGGCCCAACCAAUAAAAUUGCUACCCCUAUGAAAAACCGAAUGGGGCUAACGCCAUUUACAAGAAGAGGAAUUGUUAAAAAAGGAGUAAAUGGCAAAACACUUAACUGGGACGAAAAUGAAAAUAAAAUUGACAUCCAUUCGAAUUUGAAUGAAAUUCCUGCUCAAAGCUCCCCAUUUGUUGUUCCUCCCACUCCUAUGACUUCUGCUAUGGAAAUGAAUUCAUGACUUUCUAAUGUUUUGGAUGAAAAUCUUGAUUAUCAGCUCAGAGAAAUCUGCAAAAAGUUAAGCCCAGAUAUUUCUGAAGAAAUUGAAAUUAGAUUGGAGAGACAAAGCAAUACAAUAGAAGAUUUAUUUACCCAAAGAGGAGUAAUUAGCAUCAAUGGAAAUGACAGAGGAUGCCUAGUUCAGUAUUUUGACUCUAUCGAUGGGAUGAUGGCUCCAUCUGCAUCAAAAAGCAACCAUAAAGUGCAGGAGGUUAAAAAACUUUAUAAGUGCUAUUUAAUUAAAAUGAUAAAAGAAGAAAUGAGUAAAGAAGAACUAGAAAAUGUUUUAUUAGUCAUGAAAAACGAUGCUUUUCAUCAAUCACUUUAUGCAUGCUGCUUAGAAUCCAUUUUGUACGCCUAUAGCGUCACUUCUAUAUCAUUUGAAGAUGUUUUGCAUUUUACCCAUGUCCUUCCUUUUGAGUUUUGGAAGCAAAUUAAUAAGUUUGGAAAAAUUGAUAGCACAAUGCCUCUUCAGUUAAAACGGCACUUCAAAGAAAUUGAGAUCAAAAUUCUUUCUCAUUUAGGAUGGAAAGAAGAUAGCCCAGUUUAUGGUGUGAUCAAACAAGUAAUUUCAAAUAACGAAUCUUGCGAUAUAAACCAUAAGUCAUUUCAAAUGUAUUUUAGGAGAUUUUUGAGCCAAGCUGCUCAGAAAAUUUUGGAUUUGACGAAUGCAAUAAAUGCCCCAGAGCAUGUCAAAGAAAAAAUUUGAAGCAGCUUAAAAUAUUUAUUGAGCGAAAAGACUGAAAUACUGAUAAAUAGACAUUUAGAUCAGCUAAUUUUAUGCACUAUUUAUGGAGUUUGCAAAUUAUCUGAGUGCCCUAUGAACUUUAAAACACUUAUGGAGAAAUAUAGUUCAUUCUAUAAUGAGGAAGAAGGGCUAUUUAAUCAUGUUUACAUUGAUACAGGCCGCUAUGAAGAUAUUAUUAAAUUUUAUAAUAAAAUUUAUAUACCUUCAAUGAAAGAUAAGUUGAAAACAAAUUGCUUUAUGGAAAUGCCCAGAAUUGGGCAAUUAUGUCCAGAGAGCCCAUUAAGAGCUGUUAUCCCAACAACGCAAUUUGCACAGCCCACUUUAGGACUUAGUGUUCCAAGAUCUCCUAUAAGGUCUCCAUUUUUAACUCCAAGAACAAAGGCAUUGUUUGCAGUGAGUGAAUCUCCAUCACACAACAGCUGCCUAAAUAUAAACUUUCCUCAAAAAUCAUCAAGAGAGCUAGACUUCAAUAAAAAUGGGCCUACCAAGAAAUUAAAAGUCCUUGCACAGAUAUUUGAUAAGUCCAAAGGUGAAAGCAUUGGUACACCAACUUUGAAAAAAGAAUAA